AUGUCUCAGGAAGUGGACUGGUUGCACAGCCAAGCAGGCGUGUGUAAAGUAGAUCUCUACAAUCCUGAGGGAGGAAAAGAUCAGGACCGCAAAGUGAUUUGUUUUGUUGAUGUCUCCAGCCUGAACAUAAAGAACACCGACGAUGAUACGGGCAAAGAUGCUGCUGGCCAGUCUAAAGGCAAUGAAUCUGUCACCGGACUCGAUCUAGGGAAAAUGCAGGACAAAGAGGUUAUUGUAAUAAAGGACAGCGAUGCACCUGAACAGUCGAAGACAGAAGGAGCUGUCUGUUUGUUCAAACAAGGUUCAACUGAAGAACUCAAUGUUGUGUCCUGGCUCUUUGACGAUCUGCAAAAAUACGCAUGUGGAUUCCAACAUGCGCUUACCCCUUCACCGACCCCUCCUAAACCAAAGCCCUCAGCAGCUGACAAGAUGUCUCAGAAUAACAAUAACACAGCUUUCAAGUCUUGCGAAGGUCAGAAAGCUGCAGAUGAAGUAGCAAGUACUGUUCAAAAGCUGUGUACUUUGGUUAUGCAAAUGGCAAGUAAAGAGAUCUCUGAAAAUCUGGAAGAUGCUGCCAGCAAAUGUAUCCGACAGGCAAUCUAUGAGCCCAGUGCCAAAUCAUCUCAAGACAACAUGGGCAAGAAGGAUGAGAAAGGCUCUCCCAAGAAAACGUCUCUUUUUUACGGGGAAGUAUGUUCCAACCAAAGUGAAUCUAUGCAGGAUGAUGAUGUAAAGCCCACACAUGCCCAUUUGAUACACCCAAGAAGGCAGUCAGCUCGCACCGAAGGCAGUUCUUUUAACAAAGGACUAAUGGUUUAUGCAAACAAAAAUGCUAAAGAUAUGACAUUUUCAUUUGUGAAUGCCACAAAGAUCCACAAGAGACCACCACUCCCAGCUUGUGUGGUUUUGAAAAGAGUGUUUCUGAAACACACAAGAGAUGUCAUAUCAGACUUAAUUGACUCUACAAUGAAAAAUCUACAUAAUGUCACUGGGGUCCUUAUGACAGACUCAGAUUUUGUUACCACAGUGAAGAAAAAUCUCUUCAACGCAGGAACCCAGAAGUCAACUGAGAUUUUAGAAGCAAUGGUACUACGGAUGUAUAAUGCUUUGAUGACAGAAACAAAGGAGAGAGGACACAGUCUUGUAUAUUCUUUACUGAAAACAGGAUGUUCAUUAGAUGCUAAUUCUCCAAAUAUGCAUUUCGCAUCUUUGAAAGGUGGAAUACAUACAAGAGAAAAAGUAAAGACAGACAUGGGACAGACGUCAGCCCAGAAAGUAGGCGAGACAAUAAUUAAGGAUGGAAUUAGCAUGCUGAGAUCAAAAGCAGGAGGUGGCAAAUGUCCAGACAGACCUCAUGACAAGAGGCCAGAAAAGAGUAGCUCCACAACUGAGUUUCUUGCCAAGGACCUCAUUUUGACAGCUUUAAUGCUGAUACAGCAACAUUUGUUAACUCAAUACAAAGAGCCGGUUCAUGAGUCAAACACAUCUUCAUUUGGCUAUUUCGAAAAGGGUGGCAAACAUGGCUCUAAAUCAUCUCAUAAUUACAAAGGUGAUCCACAACAACAAGAAUAUCAGAGAGGAGAAAUACAAAGUGCUCUCCUAUCGAUCAUCCAGAAAGUCCUACAAGAAGCUGGUUUCAGUGUAGAUGAAUGUGAAAUAAGCAAGAAUGUCAAACAGAGUACAUAUGACGACAGAUCUACCAAGACAACAAAAUCCAAGUAUGGUUCAGAUGUGGAUUCUGAAAACAUGGAACAAAUAAACAAGAAAUUCAUUGAUCAGCUGAUGGAAUCUGUGAUGAAGCUGUGUAUGUACAUGACUAAGAGUCCCGAUUUUGUUGUUGAAGAUUUCUCUGACGAACAAGGCACAUACUUUACUGCGAGAAACAGAGGUGUAUCAAGCCCAGAUUCAAUGGCAUGUCAGAAAACACGUUCUGGCAAUAUUGGAAAGCCACUUGUGCCUGUUGGUUCUGAGGUGAUUGUGAACAACCAGACUGCCAAUACCAGCUCACAGAACAAGGAACUCCAGGCUAUCCUCCAGUGGAUGGCUGCCUCCCACUUCCAAGUGCCCAAUCUCACUUUCAUGAAUGAGAAUGACGAGGAGCUGAAGAAGCUUCCUCAACUGGCCGACAAAGCCGCUAAGAAGGGUGCAAGUGUGGGGGAUAUUUUGCAGGAGGUAAUGAGGUAUUUUGAGAAACAACAGGUUGACGCCGCUGUGGGAAACAUGCCUCGUAGCGGACUUCUUGACUGGUUGCUUGCUAAUCUGUAG